GAGCACUAUGUCACCUCUAACUAUUAUCGGCCACAGCAUGUUCGUCCGGCAGCCCAAUAUGGCCAAGUGAGUUCGCUGAACCGGCCAGCCUACGAUCUUCACCGACUGGACGCCGAACAGUUCACCACUCUCUUCAGACGUCAGUCUCACUGGCCGCAUCUGAGUCUUCCGCUGUUUCGCCUCCUCGAUCAGGACAAGGAUAAUCUCAUUAAUCUUAGGUUGAAAUGCCUAGAACCAUGCCAGUGGCACCCAGCGCGUCUGUAA